CAGUGGUACAGGCUACAGAUGAUGCACUCAUCUUUCAACUUCAAGAAGAUGGCCGCUAUGAAGAGGAAGGAAGCGGGUGGUGCGGUCGGUGGGGAGAAGGGCCGCCCCAAAAAAGCAAAGGUUGACCAAAGCAGGCAGAUUGGUAAGAAUUUCAAGGAAGGUACAAGCGUGAAAGUUUUUAACAAAUCGGAUAAGGCCGGAGCAGGGAAAGGCUUUGAGUUCAAAGGGAGGAAGAACGAUGGGGCGCAUGCGAGCGGUGGUAAGGCCUUGAGCAAGGCUUCGAAGUUUGCAAAGUAUCCGAAGCCGGGGGGGGAUGCAAAGCAAGAAGAAGAGAAGGUUCUCUUGAGUAGGAAAGACAGGAAGGAGCUCACAGAGGAGAGGAAGAAAGCGCGGAAUACCAACUAUGACAUGAUCAGGGACGCAGUGGCUAUAUGGAACAAGAUGAUUCAGAAGAACGUGAAAGCCAAGGAGCGGAACGAGCUAGCUGGCGGGCUGCUCGCCUGCAUCAAGGGGAAGAUUGCGGAGGUCGCAUUCUCUCAUACCGCCUCCCGAGUGGUGCAGGCGCUGGUCAAGUUUGGCUCAGAAACUGAGCGGGCCGCCGUCUUUGACGAGCUUCGGACCCACAUUCUCGAGCUGGCGCGCAACACGUACGGCCACUUCAUCAUAUUGCGCAUGCUGGACCGCGCCAACAAAGAUCAGCUGCAGCACAUCAUGAACGCUCUGCAUGGGCAUGUGGUCUCGCUGCUCAGGCAUCCCAGCGGCUCUGCUGUUGUGGAGCAUGCUUUCAGCACGGUGGCCACUGGGAAGCAGAAGGCGGAGUUGGUCUCCGAGUUCUACGCGGAAGAGUACCGCAGGUUCAAGGGGGUGGAGACGGGGGGCCAGGGAAAGCUGGCCGACAUCCUGGCUACCGCGCCCCCGUCCAAGAAGGCAGCCAUCUUGAAGCACACAUUCCUGGCACUCCAGCCGAUCCUAGAAAAGGGCAUCGUGGACCACUCCAUCCUGCACAGGGUCCUCGCCGAGUAUCUGGGAGCGCAGCCCCCCAAGAGCAUGGUAGAGGACAUCGUCGAGAACCUGUCGGGCCCCCUGCUGCUCCGCAUGGUGCACACCAAGGACGGCGCAGAGGUCGGCGUGGCAGUGGUCACUGCGGGGGGUGCCAAGGAGCGCAAGAAGAUUGUGAAGGCGCUCAAGGGGACGGUCGGCAAAGUGCUGGAGGACGAGUACGGCAACGUGGUGCUGCUGCGGCUGCUGGAGCUGACGGACGACACGACACUCAUCAACAAGGGUGUCAUGCCCGAGAUCCUGGGCGCCAAUCUAAAAGACCUCGUGCUGCACAAGUACGCCCGCCGCGUCUUUCUUCACCUUCUGGCCCCCCUCUCUCCGCGCUACUUUCCCCAAAUGGUCGUCUCGCUGCUCCAGCCCCCUAGAAUUCCGACUCCCAAAGAAGAAGCCGCCGCGAAAGCGCGUGCGGAGGCGUUUAAGGCGCAGUUCGCGGAGCCUUCCGGGGCGCAACCGACGGUUCCACAUAUGGAACCGGUAAAGAACGAGGAAGGGGAGGAAGCCGACGCGGUAAUGGGUGACGGUAAUGGUGAGGAGGAGGCCGCGGGGCCAUCGGGGGAGGGGGAGGGUGACGGGAAGAAGAAGCGGAAGCGCGGGGGGGUGUCGAUUGCGGAGAAGAAGAAAGCGGCGGAGAAGGAGUUUGUGGACGACGGACCGAUGGUGGGGGCGAGUAAGAAGGACCCGGCGCUGCGCAGGCUGGAGCUGCUGCAAGGGAGCGGGCUAGCAAAGGAAUUGGUCGCCACGUGCGCAGCGAGCGCGGGCGAGUUCCUCCGUUCCCAGUGGGCCUGUGACGUCAUCUUCGAGGUGGCGCGCGGCGGGGCCGACGGGAUCCUGCACCGGGUAGACGGCGUGUCCGUGGUGUCGGUGCAACAGGCGAUUGCGGACGAGGCUGCGGAGCCAUGGCCGGCAACCCCGGAAGAGAGUACAAGCGGGGACGAGACGGAGGAGCAUGUGCUGGACCAGAUGUUCGCCAAUCGGACGAUAAAGAAGCUGGUCGACGUACCGGCCCCCGAGGGCGACUCGAGCGCGCAGCCCUUCGCAGCGGUGCUGUACCAGGCCAUCAAGGGGCGGUGUAAAAAGCUAGCCACCGGGCAGCACAGUGCCAAAGUGGUGGCCGCUCUUUAUCACUGCGGGCAUGAAGCAACUUCCAAAGCGGUUCGGAAGGAAGUCGAGCCUCUGUUAAAGUCGGGUGGCUUAGAGAGCACAAAGUCCCUCUUUGCAAAACCUCAAGAUGCUCCAGCAGUUUCAGUUGCGAAGCCCGAAAGUAAGGCAGCUGCAGCUGAGAAGCCACGCACGAGAAAGAAGAAAGCUUCUUAGGACGGGGUUUGCCCAUGCUUCGAUAUUGUUGACCUUGAAAUCUUGACUCAGGCUACGAGCAACAUCCACGUCCUCGCAGGUCUGUAGUUCUCACUCACCUAAAGACGGUAUGCAUGCGGCAAUUCUGUCCGGUCCAUUCUGCCC